GUCACCAACCAGGUGAGUGAGCGGCCGCCCCGCCCUGUCCUCCACCGGCCAGCCUCCCACGGCUGCUAGACCGUGCCACCCUGAGCCUUCCCCGGGUCUCCCCCAGUCCUGUGUCCGCGAGCCUGUGACCUUCAGUCUGCAUCCCUGCAUUGCUGCUUCUCCUUUGCACCUGAGCCGCUUGUCGAUUUCCAGUGGAAACUGGGUAUGGCAGUGAGCUCAGACACUUGCAGAUCGCUUAAGUAUCCUUAUGUUGCAGUGAUGCUAAAAGUGGCAGAUCAUUCAGGCCAAGUAAAGACCAAGUGCUUUGAAAUGACGAUUCCACAGUUUCAGAAUUUCUACAGACAAUUCAAGGAAAUUGCUGCAGUUAUUGAAACUGUGUGAAGACUGAUUAUUUGGUUGGUAAACUGCUAUCAUUCUAAAGUCAUGGACUUCACUUUCUGCAACAAAACCACAUAAGAAUGAAACAUGUAUUGAAUGAAAAAUGUACUUUUGCUUUUCCAUUUUUUUAAAUAAUAAAAAAAAUCAAACAGGAA